AUGGUUAACAAGUUCCUCGUCACUGCCGCCCUCUUGGCCUCCGCGGCUCUCGCCAACCCCAUCCCUGGAAACAAUGUCGAAGCCUUGAAGGAGCGCGGCGACUCUGUUGACAUCCGUGAACCCUGGGAUGGCCACUGCCACCACAGUUGGGACGAUGAUGCAAGUAGUCAAAUACAUUUGCGCGACGAUGGAACAGAGAUUUUUGUCAGACGCGAUGAUGUAAAGGAUGACCACUUCAAGGGUGGAGACUACGGCCAUGGUGGUUACGGAGGCAAGGGUGGCCACGAAGGCUAUGGCCACGGCGGAUACGGCGAUAAGGGAGACCACAAGGGGUACGGAGGUUGGGGUGAGGGUCAUGAGGGCAAGGACGAUGGCAAGGGCAAGGUCGAGGCCCGUGACGGCUAUCACCACGAUCAUGAUGAUCACCACCACCACGAUGGUUACCACCACGACCAUAAUGAUCACCACGGAUAUGGGGGAAACCAUGGCUGGGAUAAGCGCGAAGCUGAGGCUUAUAACGGUGACGACAAGCACUACGGUGGCGAUCGAGGAGGCCACCAUGGCAACGGCGAUGGCCACCGUGGCGACAGAGAUGGUCACCGAGGAGACAGGGACGGCCAUCGAGGUGGACAUGGGGGUUCUGGCAGACACAAUGGCCACGGUCGGGACUAG